UACAGGUAGCAGGUUAUGGUGCACCUGACCAACCCACCUGAGCUGGACAUACAGUGGGACAAAGAAGCCUGAAUUUCUAAUACACCGUGUUUUCAUCUCCAGCUGGAAAAACAGAAGGCGACAGACAGAACUAGGGGGAGCAUGACAUCAUUUGUGCCACAAGCCCUGUCACCCCAGUUCCACACAAUGGGCCAGGAAUCCCAAGAGUACAGCCUGUACAACGACAACUUCUACAGCCCUCCACCUCUGCCGAGCCCACAGCAGACACUGCCAUCUGCCAGUGACCUGGUGGACUAUGCCACCCCGUCCUCCAACCCUUAUCUGUGGUUCGGUAGCCCUGGGCUGAAUGCUGCGCCCAACCUCGGGGGAGGGCCGCAGCCCUACGGCAUGCAGAGAGCCUAUCUUGGUGCAGGGGGAAUGGGGGGCGCAGAAGGGGGUUUCAGCUGGUUUUCUCUGCCUUCUCAAGAAGACCUGAUGAAACUUGUUAGACCACCAUAUUCUUACUCAGCUCUGAUUGCCAUGGCAAUAAACGGUGCCCCAAAUCGCAGACUCACGCUCAGUCAAAUCUAUCAGUAUGUAGCGGACAACUUCCCUUUCUACAACAAGAGCAAGGCCGGCUGGCAGAACUCCAUUCGUCACAAUCUUUCACUCAAUGAUUGCUUCAUGAAGGUGCCAAGGGAUGAUGAUGACCCAGGAAAGGGCAACUACUGGACUCUCGACCCAAACUGUGAGAAAAUGUUUGAUAACGGCAACUUCCGUCGCAAGAGAAAGAGAAAAUCUGAUUCCCUGCCUGAAGAAGAAGGAAAAGGCUACACGGAAACAGACUCUACUGCAUCGAGUCCAAAAGACCAGAGUAACACCAGUCACGAAUCCGAGAGAGGACCCUCUCCAGUUUCAGCAGGCGCAGCCCCCUGCCUUAAUGGCUUCAUGGCUCAGAUGAAUGAAAUGGUCUCAGGUUCAAGUAGCAUGCGAGAGGGUGCUCUGCUCCCCUCUAUGCCACUGGGUGUGUCUUUGGACACUCAAAGGGUCUCUCUAACCGGGGGUUUCGGCUCAUACUCGCCAAGUGCUACAGUACCACAAUGGGAGGCGCAGAUUCCUCCCCCGCCUCAAACAAGCAUCUCUUCCUCACCCUCUCACUACACAGGCAGCUACAGUGACUCAAUCCUUAGUCAGUUCAGUAGCAAUCUCUACCCAGGCCUGGACUCUGCUGGCAUGGUGUAUCCACGGGAAGGCACAGACGUGUAGAGGAAGAGAGGAAUCGAAGUGUGUUUUCCACCCGGCACUUGACAAAGCAGUUGGCUAAAUCAGUUACCUAAAUUCCCACAGUGUGGCCUGAGUCAGCAGAUUCAGCAAACACUAAGAGACCCACUUCCCCCUUCCCCCAAUUCACCUCGCUGUGUGAAUGCUCACACACUCGGCUCUCAUCCCCAACUGCUGAUCGCAUCUCAUUUCAGGUUACAGCUAAGUAUUUUUGAUGCGCUAAUGAUGUUUUGGUUUUUGUUGUAAAAUACUUCCAAUGUAUGAACCAUUUUGUUGUAGUACACUCACUGCACUGACUGUAAUGUAUUUGUGUUUUUUUUAUAUUUUGGUACUGUGAUAUAUGUUUAUGUGUGUAUAUGUAUCUGUGCAGAAAUAAACCAAAAUGAAGCUGA